AUGGCAAGCUCACCACCAGCGUCGCCGGGCACACUGCCUGCACGGCCAAUGAGCGCCAUGGUCCGCCCGGCUCCGAGAAGUAGCAGCCGCAUGAGCAUGCAGGGCAAGUCGGCCGGAGGAAGCAGAGCCUCGGACGAGGAAUCAAAGACCGCCGUCAAAGUUGUGGUUCGCGUGCGCCCACCUCUAAGGCCUGAAGACCCGGGCUUCGAGCUUAUACCUCAGCGGUUUCAGCGAUCCAUGGUCCAGGUGCAUUCGCCAACGAGUCUGUCGAUCGAGUCACCACAGGGCCGCAAGCUUUUUGUCUUUGAUAGAGUGUUCGGCCCCGAAGUUGGCCAGGCCGGAAUAUGGGAGUAUCUAGACGAGGGAGUCAACGCCUUUACCCAGGGGUACAAUGUAUCCCUUCUCGCGUACGGCCAGUCCGGCGCGGGCAAAUCUUACACGAUGGGCACAGCUGGUGACCAGGACAGUCUGGAGCAAAUGGGUGUGAUCCCACGCGCCGCCACUGCGCUGUUUGAACGGCUGGAAGGUCCAAAGAUCAACCCUAACCGCAGUUCCAUGUCACAGCUCCGAACACCAGCUCGGUUCUCGAACCCGCCUGUCAGUUCUACGAAAGGGGCGGAAAAGAACUGGACCUUGCGCGCGUCAUAUGUCGAGAUCUACAACGAGCAGCUGAGAGACCUGUUGGUCGACGAUACCAUCCCAUUUCAUGAACGGGGAGCCGUCACGAUUCGCGAAGACGUCAAGGGCAACAUUCUUUUGACCGGUUUGCGACAGGUGGAAGUCAACUCGGUGGACGACCUGAUGCAUGUGCUGGAGCAAGGAUCGAUAGUUCGACAGACGGAUGCGACAGCGAUCAACGCCCGAUCGUCGCGCUCCCAUGCCGUAUUCAGCUUGAACCUGGUGCAAAAGAAGAGCAAGCCGAUGACGGGAGCAGAGAGGCGCAUGUCGAUGCCGGUGGAGGGCUUGUCUGGGAGCGAAUCUCUGGUAACGACCGACAGCAAAAUGCAUUUCGUGGAUUUAGCCGGCAGCGAGCGUCUCAAGAACACGGGCGCCCAGGGAGAGCGGGCAAAGGAGGGUAUUUCGAUCAAUGCUGGUCUGGCAGCACUCGGCAAGGUCAUCUCGCAGCUGUCUUCGCGACAGGCCGGGGCGCAUGUGUCGUACCGGGACUCGAAGUUAACACGACUGCUCCAAGACUCACUGGGCGGGAAUGCCAUCACGUACAUGAUUGCCUGUGUCACGCCGGCCGAGUUCCACCUGAGCGAGACGUUGAAUACGGUUCAAUAUGCGCAGAGGGCCCGAGCGAUCCAGAGCAAGCCGCGGAUCCAGCAGGUUGAGGAGGGGGACAAGCAGGCCAUAAUCGAUCGUCUCAAGGCCGAAGUAGCAUUUCUGCGGGAGCAAAUCCGGAGUGCAGAACGCGGCGGGGGAGAGCGACGCACCCUGGCCCCAGGCGAGAGGCCCGAGCGGCAGAGUGAGCGGGAGGUGGAACUCCAGAACCAGCUACUGGAUGCCCAGGAAAAUUAUACGGCUCUGAGCCAGCGGCACGCGAAGCUCAUUGCCGAGCUGGCGCGGGCUCGCGAUGAGGAGCAGUUGGAGAACCAGCUCGAGAAGAACCUGGGUGACAGUGCCACAGAGCGGUUAAAUCGCUCCAAUAGCUUCGCGCAGGCGGUGGAACAGGUUGUGCUAGAGUACGAAAAGACAAUCCAGUCUCUAGAACAGUCGCUAGCGAGUACCAGGGCAACCCUGUCCAGCACCGAGGGAUCUCUGCUGGAAAAAGAGUCCAACUGCGCCUACGCCGAAACGAUCAACAAUCAGCUCCAGGCCCGGCUGCAGAAGCUCAUGGACCGCGAGGCCAACACCGAAAGCUACCUGCACGACCUGGAGACCAAGUUGGACGGCCACACGUCAGGCGAGGAAAAGAACACAGCCAUCAUCAUGGAGUUACGCAAAGAAAUUGCCCGGGUCCGCGAAAACGAGGCUGCGUGUGAGAACUACAUCUCGACCCUGGAGGAGCGCCUUGCUGAGGCUGACCAGGAUGCUGAGCUGAUGCAACGUGAGAUUGACAGGCUGGAGCAGGUGGUGGAGCGGCAACGCAGCCUUGGAAAGCUGGACUCUUUGUUAUACGAGUUGGAUCAAAUCCAGCCUACAACUCCGGCUCCCGAGGCCGAAGUCGGAGCCGCCAACGGCACUGCCACCAACGGAGCCGGCCACCGGCGCACGGCCAGCCGGAGCAUCGCCGACCAUUCGCGCAGCCACAGCCAUGUCAGCCGCCAUAGUCAACUGGAAGAGACCAUCCCCGAGAUUGGAGAGGAGGAUAUCCCGGAGGAGGGAGAGGAGCCAGUUGAUGGGCAAAAGAGGCCACGGAAAUUGUCGCCGUUGGCCAACGACGGCGAGGUGCUUGAGUAUCCCACGAGCCCGGCUCAGUCCAAGUUUGUGGCCGACAAACUCGAGACUAUGAAUCAAGAGCUUCUCGGUCUUAGGGUUGAGCACGAGGCGACACUCAACGAGUAUGAUCUCCUCCAUGCCAAGUAUGAGGAGGCUCUCCGGGCUUUGGGCCAGCUGCAGGAUAUGGUGGACGAGGCUAAGCACCCUAGUCGCCAGCGAGAUUCGAUUCUCUCGGUGACAUCGCCAAUGCUGACAAGACCUACCUCAUUCCUGUCUGACGCUAGAACUAAUGAGACCAAGGAUACCACGCAUCUUUCUAUGCGGUCACUCUCAUCAGAGCUUUCGUCGGCUCUAGAAUCUCCGUCUACGACAUUGGAUGUCUCGGAUGCUGGCACCGCUGUGCCCAAAUCUGGUUCUGCUCCCGAGUCGCCAACGGAGCCCACAAAUAGCGCCGAUGCCACGACCGAGGUUCACCGGUUGAAGGCUAUCGCCGCGGAGAAGGAGGCCGCAGAGAAGGAACUGGCCGAGCGGUACGCUCAGCUGGAGGAACGGCAUCAACACGCCCUCGACAUGGUGGAAGAGCUCAAGACCCAGGUCGCCAGGGCUCAGGCCGCCAACGAGGAUUCCGGCAAGGCCGGCCAUGUCAUCCGCCGCAAGUCUAGUCAAACACUCAUGAUCAUCGAUCGGGCUCACAGGUCAUUUGCCUCGCUCCGAAACAUCGCCGCCGAGCACUUUGAGGAUCAGCCAGAUGUGAUGCAGAACUUUGAGCUCAACCUCAACGCCGCCAUGCACGAGCUCCACGCUCGCUCCGAGAGGAUACAGGAGCUCGAGACCAACGUCGCGACGGCCAAGAAGGAGAUGGAGACCAAGAUGACCAUCAUCUCUGGACUGACCCGUGAACGGUCGAGUUUGAAGGCUGCCUCGCCUAUGGACAUGGCAGUUGUGUCGAAUCUCAGGAAUCAGCUGGAGCAGAGCGAGAUGCGCAUCAAGGAGCUGCAGCAGGCGAAUGAAGUUCGGGAGAAGGAGCUGGAGGCUCAGUUUGCGGAACUGCAGGAGCUGAUCAAGCAGACGGCCGUGAGCGCCAAUACUACCGCCGCCACGAACGAGACUUCCGAGGAGGCGGCUGCUCAGUUGGCAGCUCGUGAGGAAAAGAUUGCUGAGCUGGAGAAGGAGCUGUCCACCUGGGAGGAGAGGCACAGGUCUGCUGUGCAGGCUCUUCAGGAUAAUGAGGAGCAGCUGAAGAAGACUAUCAGCGAGUUCGAGGCUCAGGUUGCUUCUUUUACUGCUAAGCUUUCGGAGGUCAAGGUUGAGGAGAAGCCUGAGGGUGGUAAUGAGAGGGCAGUUGGUGAAACUCCAAAGCAAAGCGGGGGUGAAGACACGAAGCUUGUCGACUUUCUCCGUACCGAAAUCGAGGAGUACAAGGCUCUCAUUAACACCAGCCAGACAAAGGUGGCCGAGGCUGAGAAGCAGCACCAGGAGACGAAGGAGGCUUUGGAGCAGGCUAUCAAGGAGCGUGACGAGGCGGUCAGCGAAGCAGCUGAACAGAAGGACCUGGUUGCGAAACUCGAGGCGACAAUCUCUGACCAUGAGCAAUCUAUCAAGGCUCACCAGGAGAGCGUUCACGAGUUGCAGUCAGCCCACCAGAAGGAUGUUAACGAGAUCAUGCUGGCCGGCAGACGUGAUCUGGAGUCUCAGCUGGCUGCUCUCAAGACAGAGCAUGCCAACCGCACUAAGCGGCUUGAGAGUGAUCUGACAGAAGCUCGCGAAGAGCUCAUGAAGGUUGCCACCCAGGUAGCCUAUGCUCUCGGACUGGAUGUCAGUGUCGAGAAGAUCAGCGACCGCAUCAGCGAUCUUGCCGGUGCCCGAAAGGCGCUGUCAGAGGAGCAAGGCAUGCGACUGGAGCUUGAGCAGGACAUUGUUGAGCUGUCCAACAUCAACGACACCAUCAUGCGCGACCUCGAGGCUGUUAGAGCCAGCUUGGCCGAGGUGCUCGCUGCCGAGUCAGAGAAGCAGACGGGCCCUACCGGGCAGGGCUUCCCUGUCAAGGAGCAGGUGGCGUUGGUGAAGAAGAAGGUGGUCGAUCUCGAGGUCAAGAACAAGAAGAACUCGCGGCUUGUGGAGGAGCUUGAGGACCAGCUUAAUAAGAAUUUCGACCAGGUCCAGGCUGCUAGCAACAGGCUGUCGCUGCUUCAGACGGAGAGGAACCAGCAGCUGGAGGAGGCGAAUGCUGCCAAGGUGAGAUUGCAGGGCGAAUUGGAUGCCAUCAAGGAGGAGUAUUCUGCUCUUCAGGCCAAAUACGACAGCAUCCUCCCCAACGACUCAACCGACACCCCCCAACGAUCCAACUCGCAAACCCAGCAAAACGGCCACGGCGUCCGCAAAUCAUCCUCGGUCGCCUCUUUACCCUCCCCCCCACCAGCAAUCCCCCUCCCGCCCCUCCCAUCCAACAACUCAGGCACCACGUCCCCCACCCCCUGCCCCCCCUCCAAGGACGUAGGCGGAAUCUCCCAGAUCCAAGAAGACCAGGAAGCGCGCAUCCGCCUCAUCGAAAAGCACCUCAAGGCAGAGAAGCAGCUUACCACCACCCUCGAAGAGGCCUUGACUGACCUGGAAAGGCAGCAGCUGGCGAUGAGGGCGGAUUGUGACGCCUGGAGGAGAAGGGCGCAGGAGCUGGAGCAGGAGAUCAAGGACCUGAAGGAGAAGCCGCAGCAGGAUAACAGGUGGAGUCUGCAGCAGGUGGAGGAGGAGAGGAGGAAGAGGAGGGAUGCCGAGAUUGCGAGGGCGCAUUUGGAGGAGAGGAUGAACACGAUUAGCAAAAAGAAGAAGAAGGGGAGCCUGAAUUGCUUUUAGAGGGGGCAAGGACGGCAGGGGACUGGCGGUGGUGGUGGUGUUUGGAAUGUGAUGAAGAGGGUUUUGGUUGCGGGGUUGGUGGUGGUGUGGUUGGUGGUUAUUGGGGUGCUGGCUUUGGUUGUCAAGGGGUUGUGGAGGGUGUUUGGGGGAAGAGAGGAAGAAUGAGUUGUGUGGGAGUGUGUGUGGUUGUGUCAGUCAUGGCCUUUCAAUCUUAUGAUGUGGAUGUCCGUUUUUAUGUCCCUUUUUUUUUUUUUUUUUUUUUUGCUUUUAUUUCUCCACCGCGUUUUUUUCUUCUGUUUUUCUUUUGCACAGCUUUAUUUUUUAACUUUGUCUUCUCUGAUUCCCCCUUUUAUUUUACUUUACUGUUCUUAUUUUUAUUUUUAUUCUUUCUUCUUUUCUUGUCUAUUUUUGAACAGGGACACGUCACUUUGGUUGUUGGUUUGGUUUGGUUUUUGUUUGGAUGAAUAACUUGUUCCUUGUGCUUGCGGGAGGGAAUUGGAAUGGGAAUGGGUGGGUCGUUGUUGUGGUUGUGGUUUUCCAGUUACGUUUGUUUAUAUAACACAUCGUUCCCUGUUCUCAUGAAGGAAGAAACUUCUUUAUACCCCCCCUCUAUCUGCAGACAAACACAUAUCAGUUAAGAAAGAAAGAAAGAGAAAAACGGAAGUGAAAUGGAGAGUAGGUUUAUGUUAAUGAGAUGAGAGUAAAAAGACAUCUGAAUGAGAACUUUUGCUGUAUGUGUUUGUGACAUGGUAGUUUCUGAUAUGGACUUGGUUUGGUUGCAAAGUGUUUUGAGUGUUUUGUUGUCAGGUGUGGUUGAAGGGUUUUCUACGAUUAUCUUAUGUUAUUUUUACGUACCUAUCUUGAAACGUUGAUGUUAAAAAGAGAAAGAUGGAGACUGGGCUAGAUUAUGUAGGAACCCGAGGGUUUAAACACCUUGCUUUGGGGCAGGAUGUUUUAGACAGAAUUAUACUCGGUUACUUUGCUCCAGGCACGGUGCGAUCAGCCAAUGGGCAAUCCAAACUACAGUUGUAGAUAUUAUCUAUUUAAA